GUAUCUCUAUUCGUUGAAAAUGAUCCAUGCAGCUUACAUCAUAAUUCUAAAAGCCGGUCUUUUCUCCUCUCUCGUUCCAGUGCCACAUGGCUGCCAUUGUUGCGGCUUCAUCAUCUAACAGUAGUUUAUUCGAUAGUACUCACCAUCGUCGGAAUACCCGCCAAUCAUUCGGGCAGCACAAUCAUCACAGUCAUCAUCACCACUAUCACCAUCAUCAUUACUGCAAUAGCCACUACUACCGUCACCGAUCGGCGCGAACCAUCAACCGAGGGGGAGGAGGCGGGGCACCGUCCCUAGGGCGGGACGAAGGACUUCAUCAGGAAUGUUGCGGCACCGGAAGUGGAAUCGGAGCCCCCAAUUGCAACAACCAAAACAAUAACACUAACGGUAGCAAUACAAUCAACAAUGGUCAUAACAGCCACCACAGGGGAGCAAUGGCUGGAGGAGGCGGAGGAAAACGGUGCACUUUUGCGGCGACCACGACCACCAUUCCCAGCAGCAGCGUGGUCGGGGUCGGUGAGGGCAGCAGUAGUAGUAGCCGGUUCAGUAGCAGUCGCAAAAAUCCCGGGAGAUCGCAUCCUACCUCGGUCCUCGUGAGUCACGGUACGCGAGAAUCGAUGCAAUUUGAUGACAAUCCACACAUUACCGUGCACAGCCAGAGCUCAAAUAGCAGUACCUCGACGCUGAGGGUUCUCGAGUGAAUGACGAGUACAUAAAUGUAGAUGAUGAGUAAAGAGGGGUUGGAUGUGGAGAUAAGAUAGUUUUUUUUUUCGGUGAGUGACUGAUCGAGAGUUGUAAGAGUUUGUAUUUUGUGCUUUUGAAGAACGUUACAUGUUUACUUUUACUUUGACUAUACCAUCAUAAGGUAUGUCAAAUGGAAAAUAUAACUUCAAUAAAUUCUUAUCAAGAACUUGUCUUUGAAUUGACAAGGGUAAUUCAAUCAGCUUUUAAAAUGUUAAGAACGAUGAAAGUGCUCAACAAAAUCAACCAAAUUGAAUGUUAAUAUAAUUUGCACUAGAAAAAUGAUUAGAGUAAGGUGGGACAAAAGUUCGACCUUAGUGAUAUAAUCAAAGUUUCCAGGCAAAC